AUGACCAAGCCGCGUGUGAUUUACUGGUUCAGGACAGACCUUCGUCUGCACGACUCUCCCGCCCUUCAAGCGGCGCUGGAUCUCGAACCCGAGGCUCUUUGGCCAAUCUGGACAUGGGAUCCUCAUUAUGUGUACAAAGCCAGAGUGGGAGUCAAUCGGUUCCAAUUUCUGCUGGACUGUCAAAACGACCUCUCGCAGUCAAUCACGAAGCUGAACAAGAAAUCCAAGCUCUUCGUUCUGCGUGAAGGACCGCAAACACUCUUUCCCAAGCUCUUCGAAGCCUGGAAGCCCACUCAUCUGGUGUUUGAAAAGGACACGGACACAUACGCCCGAACCAGAGACGAGGCCGUCGUCAAAGCAGCCAAAGAAGCAGGCGUCGAGGUCAUCACCCGCUCCGGCCGCACCCUCUGGGACAGCGACGAAAUCGUCGCGCACCACGACGGGAAGCCCACCAUGACCAUCGCCGCGCUGCAGGCCGCAGGGAAGAAGAUUGGCCCGGUCGCGAAGCCGAUCCCGGCGCCCAAGAGUCUGCCCGAUCCGGGAGACAUGCCCGUGGAUUUCGAGCAGCAUCGUCCGGACCCGAAGCCCGACAUCAACGAAAGCCACAAGACGAGGGAAGACACGGCGUACAAGCACAUUUCCGGCCCCAACGGCGACUUCGCCAUCGAGACGCUCGAGGAGCUCGGCUUCGCGCCCGCCACGACGCCCAUCCGCGGCGGCGAGACGCUCGCUCUUGAGCGCCUCGACGAGCUCAUCAAGGACAAGACGUACAUUGCGACCUUCAAGAAGCCAAAGACCAGCCCCGCGCAGUUCGACCCGCCGGCCACGACGCUGCUCUCCCCCUUCUUCCACUUUGGCGCCCUCUCCGUCCGCCUCUUCUACCACCGCGUCCAAGAGGUCAUCGACUCCUUCGGCCCGGGCGCCUCCUCGCCCCCGGAGAGCCUCAUCGGCCAGGUCCUCUUCCGCGACAUGUACUUCGCCGCCCAGGCCGCCCUCGGCGCGUCCUUUGCCCAGACGGCCACCAACCCCUACUGCCGCUUCGUCCCCUGGCACCUCCCCUCCAAGCGCGACCCGCACACGGGCCUCACCACGGGCGACCACCACAUCGACAGCGACCAGGCCGAGACCUGGUUCCGCCGCUGGAAGGCCGGCACAACCGGCUUCCCCUGGAUCGACGCCCUCAUGCGCCAGCUCCGCCACGACGGCUGGAUCCACCACCUCGGCCGCCACAGCGUCGCCUGCUUCCUCACCCGCGGCGGCUGCUACGUCGACUGGGAGCGCGGCGCAGAGGUCUUUGAGGAGCUCCUCCUCGACCACGAGCCCGCCUGCAACAUUGGCAACUGGCAGUGGCUCUCCUGCGUUGCCUUCUUCGCCCAGUACUACCGCGUCUACAGCCCCGUCUCCUUUGGCCAGAAGUGGGAUCGCGACGGCGCCCUCAUCCGCCGCUGGGUCCCCGAGCUGCGCAACGUAAAGCCAAAGUACAUCUACGAGCCCUGGAAGAUGCCGCUGCCCGACCAAAAGGCCGCCGGCGUCAGGAUCACCGGCGACGGGCUCGAGGAGCAGCACGACGAGGGCACUUAUCCGAAGCCCAUGUUUGACUUUUCCGAGCGCCGAGGCAUCUGUAUCGGCGCCAUGAAGAACGCAUAUUCCGUGGGACUUCAUGGCAACGAUGAACAGGUGCUGGACGGCAGCUGGCGAAGCUUGUUCCCGUCUCCACAUGAGGCCGAGGUCAUGGGAGAGUACGAAAGCGACUUUGGCGAAAAUGCGGAUAACAAUGAAGACGGAGAUCACAUAGAGAAACAGAACGGAGAAGGUGCUGGACACAAGCGCGGCGCAGAGACAAACGGGGUCAAAGCCAAGUCUAAGAAGCAGAAGACACAAGAAUAG